ACAGCCGGCUCCAGUUUCACCGAGCCAGCAAGUCAGCGUGAGAACAGAUCCUGCUCCUCAGCCCUCAGCACCUCACACCGGAGGACGCAGCAUCUGAGCACUGCCCAGCUCUACUCUAGGUGCCAGAUGGGAGGGACUUUCUCCAUGAGACUCUCAGCACGUGGAGCUGCCUUCAAAUAAGAGCUCAGAAGAGAGAGCAAGGACGGCCAGCUGCCUCCUUCAAAGCCACCAUCCUGGUUAAGGAGGAGUCAGUGACCACACACAGCAGACCAGAGUCCAAGCACAGAGAACAAUGAGUCUCCUAAAGGAACGGAAGCCAAAAAAGCCACACUACAUCCCACGGCCCCCAGGAAAGCCCUUCAAGUACAAAUGCUUCCAGUGCCCCUUCACAUGCAACGAGAAGUCUCAUCUUUUCAAUCACAUGAAGUAUGGGCUCUGCAAAAACUCUAUCACCUUAGUGUCUGAGCAGGAUCGCAUUCCCAAGUGUCCCAAGUCUAACUCACUGGACCCUAAGCAGACCCACCAGCCAGAGCCCAGCUCAAAGCUAGCCUCUUCCAAGUCCCUCCCGAACAGACUCUCCAGUUUUGAUCCAAAGGCCCCGCAGGGCUUUGUGAAGGAAGAUGCAAAGGAGAACCUGGAUCUGCAGGCUCAGGGUGCCCACAAGUGUCCUCAGAAACCAGCCCUCCAGAAGGAGGUGGCACCAGAUGCCGUUCUCAGCGUCCAGCCUGGUCUGGAGAGCGGGGUCAGGCCUUCGGCAUUUGUUCCAGUUGGGGAGCACAGACUUAGGGGACCAGAAGACACAGAGGCUCCUGAAAUGUUGGCAUUAACCAACCCAACCACCAAAGCCACCUCUUUCCAUGCCAAAUCAGCAUUCCAUACUCCAGGUUACCAGUGGAAAGCUGGCUCCCCAUUCCUCCCACCUGAGUUUCCACAUAAAAUCCCAUCUACAAAGGGGUUCAGUGCUAUCUCCCCCUAUGUGCACCCUGCAAUCCCAGAGUACCCCCAUCCCUUCUACACAGAGCAUGGGCUGGCUGCCAUCUACUCUCCCUACCUGCUGGCUGGGAAUGCACCUGAGUGUGACACCCCCUUGCUGUCUGUCUAUGGGGCCCAAGACCAAAGACACUUCCUGCCUCACCCUGGGCCAAUCCCCAAGCACCUGACCCCACCUCCCUCAACAUACGACCACUACAGGUUUCUCCAGCAGUGUCACUCGAAUCUGCCAAUUCCUUAUGGAUUUUACAGAGCAGAGUCUGCAUUUUCCUCCUACAGCCUCAGGCUCCCACCUGUCACUGGCAUUACCCGAGAUCAGAGCACUCGCCUGCUCGAAGAAGCAGCCCUGGCCUACCCAGCCUUGAGUCCUUCAGACUCGAUAAACCCUUUAAAUUCCCACAAAAAGCACACAGAGUUUGAGAAGCAAAGUCCAGGUCCUGAGGCUGAAGACCCUUCUAAAGAUGGGCGAAGAGACACAGAAGGGGCCAAAAUGAGCCCCCGAGCUGGCAGCGCGGCCACAGGUUCCCCAGGGAGGCCGAGCCCCACCAACUUCACGCAGACGAGCCAGACGUGCGAAGGCCUGUGUGACCUCUCAAACAAAGCAGCCGCCUCUGGGACCCUGGAACGACUCCAGCAGCCAGAACAGAGCCCCACAACAUUCAAACCUGUGCAGAGGAGCGCAGAAUGCCCUCAUUCCCAGCCUCCUGGAAACAGAGCAGAGUCUCCAAAAAGCCCCCAGGCCAGAAAUGGAGACCCUCCAGCCCAGACAACGAGCACUUCUCUCAUCACAGAGGCCCCACCCUCCAGCCCAGAGGACCACUCCAAGAUAGGCCCCCUCAACCUCUCCAAGAAGUCAGAGACAAACCCUGCAGUUAAUCCUGGACCUAUGUAUGCAGGCAGUGCCCAGGUGGAAACCCUGAGCUUAUCAGAGCUGCAAGACCUGCCCCUCAAUCUCUCUGUGAAGGAUCCCUGCAACGCCUGGGCUCCCAAACCUGUCCUCCCAAGCCCACCGCAAAGCACAGAACCCGCUGCUGCUGCUGCUCCAAAGACUAAGAUUGACGGUUCCAGAGACAGACCAAGCCACGUGGAGCUACAGCAAGACAAGAAGGCCAGUAAGAAGGCCCCGGAGACACGCAUGGUAGACAGCAGUGAGGAACAGAAGCAGACGGCAGCUGUAGCCCUUUGUCAGCUGGCAGCCUACAGCCCAGGGAAUGUUCGAGUGGGCGAUGGGGAGCGCACAGCCCAGGAAUCUACUUGUCAAGAUGUGCCCACCCUCAGUUCUACAGAGAACCAGGGGACUCAGUGUGACCUCAAACCCAAAGGACAAAAGAGGACAAGUCAAAGGGACGCAGGAAAAUCCCAGCAAGGGACUAAAAAGCCAAAGCUGAACGACACAGUGCCAAGAGUGUUUACUCUACGCAGAAGAACCCGGGUGCCCUGAGGCCUCACGUGCGCUUGGGCCGUGGCCACAAAGACGCCUUCCACACCAUGUCUGAGGCACACCUUCACCUUUCUGCUUUUUUAGAAGCAGGGUCUUGCCCUGCUGCUCAGGCUGGCCUCAAACUUGCAAUCCUGCCUCAGCCUCCCAAGUGCUAGGACAACCAGUACACCCCAGUUUUACCUUCACUUUUUGUCAUUAAUUUUUAUAAAUAGUUUCUCUUCUCAAAAAAUACAAAGAAAGGCUAUUAAUUCAGUUCAGUUUUGUAAACAUUAGGUAUAAAUAUUAGGAGGCACUUCUACGUCUGGUUGUAAACACAUCUGAAUGACUCCUGCCAGGACUCGGGCUUGAACUGUGCUUUCCUGUCUGCGCAGCAGCAGAUGGAGACAAGCAGGCCCAUAACUAGCUCAGCAGUACGCACCGGUGCACAAAAAGACUUUCAUGUGUGCUCUUCAGAACUAGAAAUGUAUUUUAAAUGUUUUCUAUCAAAUGUCGUAAUGUGCUCUGAGGUCCAAACCCUCUUCAGUUUGAGCAUCAAGUGCUGUCUGUAAAAAUGCUGACUUGCUCUGACAGAAUGUGCACAAGCACUCAGGCGACUUUACAAGCAAUGUACUGCCAUCAAGGAAAUGCAGAGCUGGUGAAGUCUGACCAAUGUGGUCUACUUGCUUAUGAUGCCACAGCAAGCUGUCUGCACUAACCCUAACCCUGACCCUCAUGCUGCACUCCUUAGAGUGAUGUACAUGUUGUUUAUUUUCCAAUAAAUUCAAUGUGUUAACUUUAAGAACACAUAAUGCAAAAAUCA